CCAGAAGCCGUUCCAGUGUUCGCGUGGCAGAAGAUCCCACAGGAAGGUCUGAGAAAAGACACACGUGUAAGGUAGAGACCCAUUCUCCCCUUCCUCGUUGACUCGAACCGUCCGGGAUGAAACUGCUGAAGCUGAAGUCGCUCCUGUUGUUCCUUUCCGCAGUGGGACGCUGUGCGGGCCAGGACGCCCUGCCAGACGGACCCGUGGACGCUGUCUUGGGGAAAAACGUCACUUUCCACACAAUCGUGGAGGCCACGGAUAAGUUCCUGACCAUCUCCUGGACUUUUAACGGAGGGACGGACCUGGUGCCGGUGGUGACGGUGGCCCCCGGAGGGAUGACGUUUGGGGAUGGAUAUGAAGGACGGGUGCGGGUGAACAACACCACGGGGGUUUUGAUUCUGGGUCCUCUGAAAGCCACCGACAGCGGAGAUUAUUCCGUCUCCAUGGUCAACAUGAAGGGCGCAACCAAGACCGGGGAGACCACACUUCGAGUUCUGGAGCCGGUAUCUGAUGUGGUCAUCAAGUCUGACGUCCCGGAAGCGGUGGAGUUCAACAGCACUGUGGUUCUGACUUGCACUGCCAAAGGUUCCUUCCUGAAGUUCUCCUGGACCAACGGCACCACCCCCAUAGUGUCUGACGGCAAGCGGCUGACCGUCAAAUCGGAAGACACAGCCAGUAAUCUGACUGUGGCCGCUGUGCUCCGAACAGAUCUACUGGGCCCCAUCUACUGCAAAGCCACCAACAAGCUGGAGAUGGAGACUAGCGCCCCCUUCAACUUAUCGGUCAGCUAUGGACCAGAGGACAUUGCCAUGACAGCCACGCCUUCUGCCGAGGUGGUCAGGAAGGGCUCCAACAUCACUAUGUCCUGCUCGGCCCGGUCCAGCCCGCCGGCCUCGUUCCAGUGGUACAACAGAGACUUGAUGCUGAAGGAGACGGGGCCGAAGCUGGUUCUGAGCAAUGUCGGCGAGAAGCAGAGUGGGAACUACUCGUGCAAAGCCUUCAACGCCAAGACGCAGCGCUACGCCUCGUCUUCAGUGGCCCGGGUCACUGUCACUGAGGCCAUCUCUGGCACCACAGUCACUGGUCCCACCGCCACCCUCAUCGCCGGAAUCCACGCAGCCAACCUCACUUGCCAGGCGGCGAAGGGCACCGUGGUGAGAAAGGCGUGGAUGAAAGACAACAAGCCUCUGUCUCCUAGCAACCACAUAGUGAUCUCUGAGGACCAGAGCGUCGUGAUGAUCAAGGCGGUGGAGAAGGAGGACAACGGGGAGUUCACAUGUCAACUGUCCAACGCUGUGAACACGGACACCGCCAGCUACAAGAUGGUGGUCAACUACGGUCCUGAAUCAGUCACGGUAACAGGCGAGGAUGCGGUGGAGGUCAACGACCCUGUGUCUAUCCAAUGUUCGGCCAUCUCCAUCCCCGCGGCCACGUUCACCUGGAAGUUCAACGGCACCGCCUCCGCUGUCAAGACGUCCGUGUUCGCCAUCGACAAGGCCAUCUACAAGCACACGGGGACGUACACCUGCGAGGCGCACAACGCCGUCACCGGCCUGAGCCGCUCGGAAAGCCUCAAGCUGUCUGUCAAAGAGGAGGGAGCGCUGGCCGAGGGUCUUUCAGACGGAGCCAUUGCCGGGAUCGUCAUCGGCAUCAUCAUCGCUCUGGCCCUCGCCAUCGGCGCGGUGAUUUACUUCAGAAGGAAACAAGCGGUCACGGAGUCGCCCUACUAGAGACGGGACUGUGUGUAGCUGGAGAUGUCGGCCAAAAGAUCCAACCAUUCUCUUUCCCACGAUGCAUCUCUACACCUGGAAGGACUAAUCAGCUUUCAGCUUCCACUUAAAUGCCAAUGCCAAUGAAGCCCCGCCUCUCUCAAGAAGGGAGGGAUUUCUGAAACAGUCCGCCUUCCUUCCAAAUCCUGAUUGGCUGAGGUGGACUUGGGGACAGAACCCCCACCAGUGGAAAGAGAGUUGUGAAAGUCAUCAUGAAUUCAUCUAGCCAAUGGGAUUUAUGAGGACUUGCACCAGGACCUGAUCUGGGAUCUCCAGGGUUUAUUUUAUUGUUGUAUUUUCAUUUAAAUUUGUUUGCUCUUAUGGACCCGCAACAUACCACCCCUCUCCCAGUCCUCACCUCUGUCUUCAACAUACCAUCUAAAACACUUCAUCACCUGGAAUGCUUCACGCCCCCUUACAACACCUUCUCACCUCCCUCUCAAAAUGUCAACCCCCCCCAUUACCUCCAAAACACACACCCGCCGACUUCAGUAGAUGUUUCCUGACUUGUGCUGAUGGACGGAUGGCGAUGACGAGUGAAUCUCUUUGUGCGUCUGGAAACCAGAGAAGGAUCUUUAGCGAGGAUCCCCGUCUCCACAGAGGACCACGGGGUCACGCUUUGGAGAUCAGCGAUAAAGAGGACACAGACACACACACACACACACACACACACACACACACACACACACACUAACUCACUCACUCAGGUGUACACAAACAAGCAUGCAUGCCAGAUAUGUGGUUUUUAAAUUUUCUUUUAAAGGUACAAUCCUGAAUUCAAAUGUAGACCAUGAGGGUCGCUCCACUACCAGAAUAGAACAACCAGAAGACAGGAAGCUGCUGUCACGUCCAGAUUGAUUGACAGGUCUCUUACUACAAGGACUAACACGAAACAACUAAAUCUGAGUUUUUAAUGUUUUGCUGUAAAAGGUUUGUUCACAGAUUGGAGUAAAAUAGACCCAUAUGUCCAAUUACCAUCGGCUGAGAAACACAAAAUGCUUAUUUUACACCUGCACCAAACAAAACGUGCCCAGGAGUAGCACGGUCCAACGAAUCAAAUCGGGCUUUUGUCGAGAUGCUGAAAGUUUUAAGUCACAAGAAUUGUUUCCCCCAAGAUCCUCUGUGAUUGUUAGAGACGUAUUUGACCUACUUACGGAGUGCAAGAUCUCACAGCACGUGGAUUUCCAGCCAUGUGGGAAUUUGGGCGGCCAUUUUAAAGGAGACGUACACGGUCUGUAUUUAUGUGACGCAGUAAAACCCCGAAACUGAACGCUGGAGAGGAUUUGCAAAGAUUAGUUGUCUGAUGAACACACACACACACAGACAGACAGACAGACACACAGACACACACACACAGGGAAACCUCCCGCGUGAUCCCGAGGACUGCACUUCUUCCUGGUUCUUCUUUCCCGGCGAGCGCACGAGAGCGAAGAUCAAGGCGUCACGACAAGCGUCGACAUGCCGGCGGGCGGGAAGGCGGCAUUCUUUCCGUUUUGGAGGGAAAGUAGUGCGGGGCGGAG